ACGACUCUCUUGGAGGCUGAUUCAAAAUGGAGUAGGGCUUACAGGUGCUAAUCCGAACCCAACCGAAAUAGCCUUACAGUCAUAUUUGUUUUUUACAGAAACAGGUUGUUACUCGUUGGAAACAUUACGAGCCGCUGCAGACAUGACAGAAGAAAAGAAGUCCAGCUCUCUAGGUUUCUUUUCGAGCUACGACGAUCUGAGCGACAGCAGCGAUGGCAGCGACUCCGACGAGGAGGGAGAACGUCGGAAGAAGAAACCGGGGACCGACGCUACGGGAAGCGGAGCCCAGUCCUCCCAACACGGGACCAAACGAGCCGCCGGUGGAGCCCCGUUACCCAAACCGGAGGAGCUGUUCGGCUCCGUGUCCAAGCCUGCUUUCCUCUACAACCCGCUGAACAAGGAGAUCGACUGGGAGAGUCUCACGGUCAAAGCUCCAGAAGAGCCUGCCAGAGAGUUUAAGCCGUGGAAGUCAAACGCCGUGCCCCCUCCUGAGAGCUACACUGUAGAGCCAGAGAAGAAGAAGGGACCUCCCCCAGGCAUGGACAUGGCAAUAAAGUGGUCCAAUGUGUACGAGGACAACGGGGAAGAUGCACCACAGCCGUUCACUGGCAACGCCCGGUUCUUACCCACAGAGGAGGAACUCCCUGAAUCAGAUGAGGAAUCAGAGCUCGACCUGUCCGCCAAGAAACGGCGGGUGGAGACCUUCCAGCAGAAGGAGAAGAGGAAGAGGGACAUGGGACAAGCGACCUCGGACAAGAAUUUCGUAGAGGAGGAGAAAAGGAUCCUCAGGCAAAAUAUCGAUUGAGGCCCAAACUCUCCUGCAACAAUCUGUUUUUUAAUUUAAAUAUUUUAUGUCGGCUGAAAACGCUCAAAGAUAUAAGCACAGUGGUCAAGUAGGUGGUAUGCUGCAAAACAUAAAUAGACAUUUCACCUACGUGUUGACAUCAUUUGCAAUAUUAUAGUGUUUGUUUUGUUAUUAAAGGACUUUAACAGUCCCACCGUUAACGUUUUAAGAACUCAGGUUCUGGUAAAUCUCCACGGACUGUUUUCCCAAGUAUAAUGAAAAUCCAAGUGUUUUAUAGUCUGAGUUGUAUUUUGCAUAGUUUUGGUCAUCAUCCCUCUUUGAUUUUACCCACCCAGCUGUCUUCACGGGGAUGAGGGAUAUCCCGAGACACAGCUUUACAACGUGUACUGGGCAUCACCUUCGCUUUACUUCCCAAUAUGUAGUCUAGAGACGACAAGGCGGAGUGAGAGUUUAAACCUGCCAGAUUGCUCGUUUGAGUCUUUGCAAAGAAGCCGGUGAAUAUAAAUGUUAUCAUAAUGAUGAAGGCCAAGUGGUUGAACUUAAAAAAAACAGGGUUUAGCCUGCUGUGACACAUUGAACAUAAACGUGGUUAGGUGGCUUUGCCUCUUGUUUGCUUUAAUUUAACGAGCUGAAAUAACAGUGAAGUCCAGCUGUGGUGCUUUUCUUUGUCUGUGUUUGUCUUGUGUGGUAUAAAAUAUCUAAUCACCACUGACAUAUGAGAUAUAUGUGUGUGUGUGUGUGUGUUGUGUUAAUACAGUGACUUUCCUAUAAAAAAAAAAUGUGAUUAAAAUGGCUGUGAAUCUGUUGAAAUUACAUUUUUUUAAACUGCUUGUUCUUCCUGCUUAUGAGCACUAGAUGUCGCCCUUAAGCUACACUAGGAAACGCUCCCUCCAUGUUUGUAGUGAAGUCUGCUUCACUUUGACUGUGUGAACAUUGGGCAUCCAAACUACAAGAAGGGGUCCAUGCUGUUUGUCAGGAGGGGAGUUCUGAUCUUCACUUUGGAAGUUAGUCUCAUCUCAGUUCUCUUGAGAUACUCGAUGCAUACAGACCGUUCAGUCUCAUGUACCUUGUAUUACGCAACACUUUACACCUGUGUGAAAUAAAACGUCUUGCAUGUUUAGUAUCCAAG